CGGCUCGCCAUGCCACAGGGGAAGAGGAAAAGAUCUGCAGAUAAGAUAAGUGCACGUUUUCCAGAUGAGGCCAGUCACAGUGCAAACAAACCCACUGCAGAGGGGGCAAUGAAAUCGUCAUCACUCAGCAAAGCAUGGAUAAAAUGUGGCGAGGGAUUUCAGAAAUGUCUGGGAGAGAAGAAAUGUAAGCCAUCAGGAGGAAAAUUCCAGGCUGUCAGGCACUUGGCACAGUCCUUUUUAUUUGAUGAAGAAACUUCAGCAGAAAGCUGUGGAAAAGAUCCAGCGGACAUUGUAUGGAGUUCCAGUGACAGCAGUAUGUCCAAUGAUGGGAGUGAAGAGGCAGAUUUACUACCUGACAUUUCUGAAAUAUCUCCUCAGAGUGCAAGUAGAUUGAAUGAUACAGAGAUGUCUGUCUCUGCUGAAGGUUGCAGUAGAGUUGUUGCUGAUGUGCUUACCAUUACCGACUUUCAAGAUGACAAUGAUUUGGAGUGUGGUUCCGAUAAGGGUAAUGUGUCUGAAAAUGCUGAAAGUGUUGUAGAGAUCUCAGGCUCUGAAUCCUCAACCAGCGAUCUUUUAUCAUCCCAGCAGUGCAAGCCAGAACUUUCCAAAGCUUUGAAUAUUGUUGAAUAUUUGUCUGAUGAACCAGAGGACGAAUACUCUGUACCAGCUGAAAGGCAGAACAUUCCAGUGUGCGAGGAAAACAUUCUUCCUUCUGGUGGAAGAACUGUAAGUGACUGGGUGAAAACAGCACAAAUUCUGCUCCAGACUCCAGAGAAGAAAAUAGACAAAACGUUCAAGACACCAGAGGAUUCUGCUAAAAAGAAAAAACGUUUUCUCAGGGGAGGCCUAGCUGAAAGGCUCAGUCGUCUGCAGAACAGAGAAAGAUCUGCCAUUACAUUUUGGAGGCAUCAAUCUGGAUCUGAUUGCAGAAUACCUUUAGGAGAUAAAUCAGGGACACUUCUUGUAAAGUUGAUUGAUGUUCAUGAGGAGUGUGCAAUAUGGAUUGCAGCCUGUCAGCAAUUAACAGACAUCGGGACCAUAGACAACCCCCCCAUAAAUCACUGUAAAGUUGCAACAAAGCUCAAGGUUCUGUUCUCUCGGCAAACAGCAGACAAGCUAAAACCAAAGGCGAAUGAUAUCAUCUAUAUCUACCCACCCUGGUUAUAUCUUCUAAUCCAGGAUGCUUAUGGGAUAUUUAGUGAACUUCAAGUACAGUUAACACACACUGCUAUAGAAGAUAUACAAAAAUACAGCCAAAUGUUUGAAGGCAAAUCUUGUUGCUUCUCUGGACUGAAGAUUUUGCAAAGAACAACAAGGGGAAGGGCUCCGGGACUCUUCAGCUUGAUUGAUAGUCUGUGGCCUCCGUUGGCACCUAUAAAAAUCCAUGGACAAAGUCAGGAGCAAGGAGAGAUUCCCUGUGCUCUGCCUGCUCCCAGCUUCUGUUAUGUUCUUGCUUUAAGAUAUGAGGAAGGAGGUUACAGCAUUAAACCAGGAGAUACCGUGUCAGAUCUUUACCUGCCUCCUGUCAUUCACAGUCUUGAUGAAAUUCUGCAGUUGGUUGUUCUCAGUCAGCGAUGCAGCUUUUGGGCAACAGUGAUAUAUGUGAGGCCUGAGAUACAAGGUAACGUACCAUUACAGAAGGAGUUUUGGAUAUAUGUAACAGAUGCCACCCUUCAGGUGACGCCAGAGACAUCUAGAAUCCCUAAAAUUCUCCCAGUGUGUGUCUUACCUUCUUGUGCAGUGGAUAGUAGGGUGCUAGAGGCCCUUGCCAAAAGCAUUUCCUGCAAGAUGCUUUUUAAAGAUGCAGUAAAAGAGAAUGGCAAGAUAAUUUGUGUAGAACGCACAGUGCUUUCAUUACAAAAGCCCCUUUUAUCCCAUACUUCUGGCGUUAACGAGCUGACAUGUCCUGUUACACUGGACGAACUGGAUUCUGCAAGUGAGGCAAACUCUCUGUGCAUUGUGACAGGAAUUAUUAAUGGAGUUAAUGAGAGAGAAUCUUUUUCUUGGCCAGUAUGUAACUUAUGUGGCAGUAGUAAGCUGCAGCCUUCGGAUUCAGACAGGCACAAGUAUUUCUGUCGCCAUUGUGCUGCAGACGUAAGCUCUCCAAUUAUCAGGAUGAAGCUUGAAGUAUAUCUGCACUGUGAAUUAACUCCAGGACGUAAAGUAAAAUUAAAGCUGCAGCAGAAUACUAUUUCUUCUCUUCUGAGUUCUUGCUUCAAUGAAGAUGGGCGCUAUGAGGUGAGUGCCAUCCUGGGAAAGCAGGUGGGGCCUGUGACCUGCUACGUCCAACAUGUGAACAGCAGCGUGGGCCUGGAGGAGAUAUGUCUUCUGCAAGCAGGAAUUCAUGACGUUUAAGGGGGUCUGGACUUUGCUAUAUAGUUACUGAUUAACUCAUGGAGAGAACAUUUUACACUGAAAUUGUGUUUUAAUGAAUGCGCUAAGCUGGGCAUGAACACGUGCCAGCUAUUGAAGUACUACAAGUCUCCAUAGCUGGUGGGACAUGUUAGAUGGUAUCUUCAGUAGAACCCCCCUUCUCUAUGUAAA